AUGGUCUCCCGCCCUCCAAGUCCAGUCCGUCCAUCGGAAGAAUCUAACGGGUCUCUGGAGCGCUGCCUUCGUGGACCAGAAUCCGAUCGCGAACAUUCCCGCUCCGACUCAAGAGAAACAUAUCCUUGCCAGAGAAACCCAAUCACCGACUAUGGGUCGUCCAAGAAAUAUUUACUUCGUGAAGUUGAGGGUCCCCCAGAGAUUCAUGGGUCGGCUAUGAAGAAGAGCAAAGCCCCUACCGGCUUGUUAUCCUGGGGAUGGGAAAUUGGUGCAUCCGUAUUGAGCGUUGCAUGUGUGGUCAUUCUGAUCGUGCUGCUAAACCACCUGGAUGGGAUGCCCUAUGCCGACUGGGCGUACAGAGUCUCUCCAAACGCAGUGGUCGCGGUGAUAGCAACCGCCAAUAGAGCUACACUGCUAUUCCCGGUCGGAGUUUGUCUCAGUCAACUCAAAUGGAAUUAUUAUCGCAGCCAAAGACGGCUAUACGAUCUAUACGCUCUUGAUCAGGCCAGCCAAGGCAUCUGGGGUUCUUUGCAACUGAUCACCACCAACCGUCCCAGCCUGGCUACUCUCGGCGCAGUUACAUUAAUUCUUUCGGCCGCACUCGAUCCCUUGACCCAGCAGAUUCUCACCUUUCCUUCUCGUAUUGUUCCCGCUUUGAAUGAGACGGCUUCACUACAAACCGCUCAGGCCUACGUACCGGGUAACGCAAACAGUGACAAUACUAUGAGUCUCCUUAUCCUCCAAAGCAUCUAUGGGUCAGACAAUACCCAGGAGCCGACCUGCAGUACAGGCUCGUGCAAGUUUCCCACUUUUGACACUCUGGGGGCAUGCAGCAAAUGCCAGGAUGUUACCUUGCAAUCGGUGCAGAGUUGCACGUCUCUCUCCUCAAAUAGCUCGUACGCGAGCUUUUUCAAUGGCACGGCUUAUCAAGGGGCCAAACCAAACUGCACAUAUACCACGCCGGGAGACUUACAGAUAACGCCAGACAUCUUUGAAGCGGCCACGGUAGACAUUGGAUCCGAAGCUGCAGUUGAUCUCGAGAAGGAAACCUGGACAUUCGCCAAUACGGACACAGAUCGCCUAAAUCUCAGCAGUUCCCAAGGACCCCGGGUUGCUGGAAUCUUGAACCCGAUAGUUGGCCUGGCAGCGGCGAUAUACGACAAUCCGAACAUAAUCUAUACCGCCGAAAACCACACUGCCUUGGAACCAAAGCCACGAAUCACUGAAUGCGCCCUGUAUUUCUGCGCCCAGAGAUACACCAACAACAGUUACACCUCUGAUUACCAAUCACUCGAAGCAUCCGAGACGGAGCAGCUCUUUACGAAAAACAAAUACUUCCAAAUGUUCUACCCCAACGAGCUGGCUCCACUAAACAGCUCAACCCCAAACUUCGCAACCAAUGGUAACUACACCAUCUCAGGAAAUACCGUGCUACAGAUCCUCAACUCUUUCACAUCUACCAUAUCCCUCUCAGACCAAAUUGAAGCUGGGUGGACGUAUUCUGUGCAGGAGGGGAAAGACGCCAGCCCCGUUAUGAAGAACGUUGCCGUCGGCAUUACGAAGGGGAUUCGUGCUGGGCCGAAUAGCACCACGAUCACAGGGGAGGCAUUUACCACGGAGACGUAUAUAUCUGUGCGCUGGUAUUGGGCCGCGGCUCCGAUCGUGAUCACGAUCUUGUCGAUUUUGUUUUUGAUAUUGAUUGUCGCUCAUACUGCGAGGGCUAAAGGAGUGGGGAUGUGGAAGUCAUCAGCGCUGGCGCUGUUAGCUUGUCGGGUGACGCAGGGGCCUGAGCAUCUGGACCUGCAGACACUUGGGGAAGCUGAGAUGGAAAAGGUCUCAAAGAGUAUGCUUGUGUCGUGGGAUAGGGAGGGCGAGCCGUUAACUUUGAGGGUUGAUGGGAUUAAAAAGAAAUAA